AUGGUUAUUCGCGGAUCUUCCAUGAACUCCCGACUCAUAUUCGUGUAUACCAACAUGCAACGUAUACUCUCAACGGCAAACACGGUUGUCGAACAGUUUGAGGACAGGAAGCUUGUACUUCCUGAAUUUCAACUGUUCCUCGGAGGCAGAGAAAACCGAAGGUAUAACAGCAUCGUGAAUAACAGAUUGCAUGUUUUCGAAAAUCUGCUAUGCUGACUUGUAGUACGGAAGCAAUAUGUUGGACCAUAGGAGCAACGGAUUACCAGAGCCUCGAUGUCUUGACGGUGUGUCGAUCCCCGAAAAAUGACCCUGAUGCUGAUGCCCAACUGCCAGGUAUGCUUAAAGUAUUCACUAAGCGACCGAAUACUCAUCAUUUAGUGUGCCUCACAUCGAUUGGGACUCGGCCUCCGUCGACUAAUCUGAAACAGUUUUCGAUCGGCAGCUUCUUCCUGCUACUGGCAAUAUGCUUCUCACCCAACACAUCACGUUUCUGACGAGAGUUGCUGAGGGCCAGCAGAUGAACUGUUUCAACCUUUUGUCCGCUAAGGCACUUGAUUACAUCGACGUUGUGAAUUGCCUUCCCCCAUUAGGGCUCAGUGACCGCGUAGUUCUCACGCGGGAUUACACCUUAUUCUCUUUGCCUGCCUAGCCGCCUGAUACCCGGCCAAAUAUUUGGCACGGAGAUAGAUGAAGUGCCCUUCGUCGGGGAAUCCACACUCUCCGAAGAUAUGGACGGGGUGUGGAGCCAAUUCGAAGAGACAGUUCACAACCUCAUUUCCAACCACUGCCCAAUUAUGCGAAAAACACUGACUAACAGACCCCGCUGGUUGACUCCAUCCUCAAAGAAGGAAGUUGACGAGAAGAGUAAACUGUGGAAACGAUCCCUCACUGAUGGGACGCCUGAAUCCUUCAAAAGUUACGAUCACAGAGAAACUGGGGCAAAAUUCUCAUCUUCAGAGGUCAGUGGGUCUUCAAAAAGGAUCUUUUGAACCGUGCCAUGGUUAAUCCUAAAGUGCCUUACAGGUAUACAAGCUAAGUACGCGCAACAGCGAUCCUGUCCCACUGGUGCGAACUGUCGAGGCUGCGGAAAUAUGAAACGUAAAAGGCUAAGGCUGAAUAUCUCGCCUAGUUUUUCCGGCCAGCCGUGACGACAGAACCCGACUUUCUCACCAAUUAAUUAAGGCGGGAAAUCCGUACUAUUGAGACAACCCUUCUUGCCAAAACAAUCAUUCCGUAAGAGUUGCUAAAAUUGGGAAAGUCGAUUUCCCCGUGUUCCGAUGAAAUUCGGGCCAAUCUGUUAAUGGGACUAGUUUCAGAAAUGGCAAAGCCGCCAGCCUUGCUCUUCUAGGCGUCAUUUGCUACUGGGCACCUAUCCUCCGAUGGGAAGUCCACAACCGCCUCUCCCCUUUUUAACAGUGGAAGUCGGGCGACUGCAAAUAAUUACCGCCCAGUGAGUCUCGAAUCCAUCUGACGCCAAACCAUAGAGAACAUCAGUAAGAAAGCAUAAAUGCAGUUUCUCGAGCAGAAUCACUUCCUCUCCGAUGUCCAAUACGGCUUUCGCAGUGGUAGGUCCUGUCUUACGAAUCUGCUACCUUCACUUGAGUGCUGGACCAAAGCACGCGACGAAGGCAAGAUGGUGAACGCCAUCUACUUUAACUUCAAAAAGGCCUUCGACAGCGUUUCUCGUCAACGUCUCUUGCAUAAACGUGACGUAUGAGUUUGUGGAAGCCUCCUUGUAUGGAUUCAGAGCUUUUUGAUUGGGCGGUCCCAAAGAGUGCAAGUCAAGCGCCAGCAGUCCUCAGAGAUAACCCUGGUGGGCGGUAUCCCACAGGACUCAGUCUUAGACCCCACGUUAUUCCUCGUUUUCAUAAAUGACUGCGUCAGUGACCUAGACUGUGAUGCCAUCCUGUUUGCUGACGACAUAAAAUUGUGCAGAUUUAUUUACGAAGCGGCAGACGGAGACCACCUGCAAACGAACUUGAUCAAGCUUGAAGACUAGCCGAAGCGUUGGCUUAUGCCCUUUAAUGUAUGUGUAACUUUCUCAACUCGGCAGCUGCUGAGUCUUCAGUUCCAGGACUUACUUUCUUCACGGUACACAAAUGCAACAGGUUGACAGUUAGAAGGACUUGGGUGUGUGUAGCACAUCUUCGCUCCAACUAGCACUGAACUGCGCGGAUGCAGUCAAUUCGGCUAUGUAUACCUGGCAGCGCAUUAGGCGUUCCUUUACGGGAUUUACAAAAGACAGGUUUUCCAAAAUAUUGGGCACAUUUGUGCGGACGCAUCAAGAAUACGCCAUACAGGCUUGAAGACCCUGGACUGUCAAGGACUGUGCCGUCGUAGAGAGGGUCCAGAGAUGGGCGACAAAAAUGACUAAAGGUCUGGGAGCACUGCCUUACGAAAACGGAUUGUCAACCCUCAAAAUAUUUCCCCCCUUCCUAUAGACAACUACGAGAUGAUCUUGUACUAACCUUCUGCAUCAUGAAUUGCCUGGACUGUUGCUUUGCACCCAGUUAUUUUUUCACUCAGGCUAUCAAGCCUAAUUUGCGCGAUCAUCCCUUAAAACAACGGAGUGUUUGCAGCGUGGAACGUCCUGCUCGUCGAUAUUGUGUUCCCCCUCUAUUGUUUAUUCAUUUAAGUGCAAACUCGACACGUAUCAUUUACCAGCCACGUGCACACCCACACGGCCGGUCCCACAGAGAUUGCGUUUGAUUAUACUACUUGCACUAAGUGAGUAGGUGUUAAUGUUUACUUAUUUUCAAUUAGUAAACUGCCGCUUUCCUAUCGCGUGCAAUUACAUAAACAAUCUCUUUUUUGAUUUUUCACUUAUCGUUGGUUUUCCUUAGAGUUUUUGUAGCCACUGGGAAGUUCAAAGGCGUUUUUCUAUGUCGCCCUUAAUAAAACUGAAUUAAACUUAGUUAAAAAGUCCUCCAGGCCUUGCAUUCUUGAAAUUCUUCUACAAACCCAACCAUACGCACAGCCUUCCCUAUUUGGCCCUCUGCGUCGUUUUUUCUUCGAUUCCUGUGGCUUUCUCUUAUUCCAUAACUUCACGCCAUGGCUGAAGUACGUACUGACGUCCGAAAAAUAGGGCCCGAGUGUGGAGUCGAUCCAGCGAUCACCCCUUCCUUAGUCAACUGCGCUAACCCCCGGCCACUGCAGCUCGUCGGCGAGCGAUAUCACAUAGUCCCCUUGACUGUAUAGACGCAGAAAAUGCAGGCCAAAGUUGCAGUGGAUGCCAGAUUCUAGCCGUCAAGGUCAACUAUCUUGAGGAAGAAAUCACAAAGAUGAAAGCCCAGUAGCGAUGCAGUCUAGACCAAGCGAACGCUUCCAAUAUGCCUAUUGGACGAGUAACCAGAAGUAGGGCAAAAGCUCCCAGCAUAAUAGGCACGCCAGCACCUAUCACAGCAGAUCCAGAACGAAUAGCUAAAAAUCGAGAAAAUAACAGCUAGAAAGGAAACCCAAAAACUGAAGAGAAAAAUAAAUCAAACUGUAAAAAGGCCAAGGAAGACGGACGGCUACUUUCGGAAGAUGCAUCCGUAGAGGCCGAAACAGAGAUAUUGACGAACGCUCCGUCCCUCAUGGCAAAUGCUGUGUGUCCAAACACCUUUGUUGACUCUCCGAAACAGUCCGAGCUCGAUAGACCUAGUAAGAGCGGUGGAAUCGAUUCAUCCAUCACAGCCACAGAGUUCUGUCCACAGUCUUCUCUGCCAAGCGCUCCUUCCAAGGUUGUCAACAUAAGAGUCAAACAAACGGACCGCGUAAGCGCAUCUGCUCUACCGUCACCAGCGCAUAGUCCCAGAGCGUUACGUCAUUUAGGGAACCACACUUCCGUAGAAAAUAAACAAGAGACCGACAGAGAAAAAUGUCUUAUUAUUCAGGGACUCCCUGAAGCAUGUGCAAAUACUCCCAAGGAGCGGGUUUCGGAAGACCUAUCACUCUUCCAAGGUCUUCUCAAUAAUAUUUUGGAACCAACGGUGGGUAUUGAAGUGAUCAAAGCCUUCCGCAUUGGAAAACGAGCAGAUAAUCCAUCAGUGUCCAUUCGUCCAUGACCUCUUAAAGUUGUGCUGACCAGCAGCGACCAAGCCAGUUUCAUUCACUCCAGGCGAUUCAGGAUUAAAGACUUCAGCCCAGGUGUUUUUUUCAACCGGACUACUCACCAGUGGAACGGCUCAAACGUCGUCAGCUAGUUCUAGAACUAAGAAAGUGGCUCAGCGAAGGGGAGAACAAUUUAGUUAUAUACAACAACCAAGUACGGCGGCGUCCGUCAAUCUUCCUUUGGACAGGUCCGGCCCGAAUGACCGCGCAGCCGACAUAAUAGGUGAAGGCGCUAACCAAAAUGUAACCACAUCUGCCGUCAGCCGGAAAUGGAAAUUCUUGUACACCAACGUGCAGAGUUUGCUAUCAAAUUUCGACGAGCUGAAGAUCUACCUCCGCAAUCUAUCCCCUGACGUAAUCUCUUUAUCAGAAACCUGGUUGACCCAACACGUGGACUACCGUGAGUUGGCCUUGCCUGGCUACCAGAUGUUUAGAAGGGAUAGGGAAGGGCGUCAGGGAGGAGGCGUAAUCACGUAUGUGAAAAAUGGGAUAAAGGUAUCGGACAAAACCGAUAAAUUUUCGUGCAGUUCCGAGGCAAUCUGGCUGUCUAUUAAAGUGCCGAGCUCGCCUAGCCUCGAUGUCCUGACAGUUUAUCAACCGCCGAGACGGGACAACAUGGCCGACGCUCGCCUGCUGGAGGAACUCGAAAAUUUCGCUACACGGCGGGAUAUCCUGAUCAUGAGCGAAUUUAACGCGCCUCAUAUUGACUGGAGCUCGACCCAUGUAAAUAGCUCCAAACAGACCUUCGAUGGGAGUUUUCUGAACACGGCACUGAAGUUAUUUCUCACUCAACACGUCAUGUUACCAACUAGAGUACUCGAAGGCCAACAGGGCAACUGCCGAUACGAGCGAAUCCGAAACGUCAGGCGAAUAAAGCCAUUGUUCUAGCGAUCGCUUCUUCUUCUUCUUUUUCUUCUUCUUCUUCUUCUUCUUCUUCUUCUUCUUCUUCUUCUUCUUCUUCUGACCAAGGCAACUGCCUUGAUCUUGUCCUUACGACGUCACAGGACAGCAUUGAUGAGGUGUCAUGCCUACCCCCCCUUAGGUAAAAGUGACCACGCCGUUCUUAUAUGGGAUUACUCGCUUUUUUCCAUGCCGGAGAAUCACGUGACAGUUAGAAGAAACCUUUGGCUCGGGGGUUCGACCAAAUGAGGGCUGAAAUUUCACGCAUUACGUGGGAGUCCGUAUUUGUUGGAAGCAUACUCGAAGAUGGGCAACGGUUCCGAGAAAUUCUGCACGAGCUGAUAGUAAACCACUGUCCACUUUCACGGAAGAGGUUAACUAGCAGACCUCGAUGGCUUACGCGAGCCUUGAUGAAUGAAGUGAAUAAAAAACGAAUGCUGUGGAAAAAUCGCUUUCUGACAGGGCCCCGCAUCUAUAUGCGCGUACAAAAUUCAAAGAAAUGGAGUCAAGGGCCUUAUCCUCAAAACUAGAAGGGAAUUCGAACGGGAUCUGCUUAACCGUGCCGCGGAGAACUCUACAUGAUUCUAAGGUUACAUAAGGCAGCGCAGGCGGAACAAGGACCCAAUCCCACUGCUAAAGACUGCUGAAGGAGAACAUCUCACUGAAGACAGAACGAAAGCUGAAGACCUUUCAGAAUUUUUUCGGUCUGUUUUUAGUAGCGAAACAGGAUUCAACUCUUUGGCCCAUCAACCCUUGAAGACACCACAAUUAUGGAGACCGUUCAGUUCACUGAGGGUAUGGUUCUGACGGAGUUGCUGAGGCUAAAGGAAUCCAAAUCACCAGGUCCCGAUGAGAUUCCGGCGAAGAUUUUGAAGGAACUCGCCGGUGAGUUGGCUAAGCCACUCUCCACGCAUUUCCAUACAUCCUUCGAGACCGGACAUCUGCCACCCGACUGGAAGUCGGCGUGGAUUACGCCACUGUACAAGGACGGAAGUCGGGUCUCUGCAAACAAUUACAGACCUGUCAGCCUCACCUGCAUUUACUGUAAGAUUAUGGAGAAGAUAAUAAAGCAACAAUUAAUGCAGUUCCUUGAACAAAACCAUCUGCUUUCCGAUUCCCAGCAUGGAUUCCGCAAAAGAAGAUCCUGUGUGACAAACUUGCUCUACUGUCUGGAACACUGGACUAGGGCUGUUGAUAGAGGAGAUAUAGUGCAUUCCAUCUAUAUCGACUUUAAAUAGGCCUUCGAUAGUGCGCCUCACCACCGCCUUCUAUACAAAUUCAGCCGUGCAGGAGUGCAAAAUAAGCUUCUGAUGUGGAUCCGAAGCUUUUUACUCGGUCGCUCUCAAGCCGUCCACGUCAGUGACCAGCAAUCUGCCGGGGUGGCCGUUAGGAGUGGUGUUCCCCAAGGCUCUGUUCUUGGUCCCUCACUGUUCCUCGUAUACGUCAACGACUGCGCAAACGAACUGGAUUGCGAUUUUGCAAUGUAUGCCGAUGACAUAAAGAUCUGGAGUACCAUGCGAAGCGAAGUUGACGAGGCGCGACUGCAGACAAAUCUGGACCACCUCGAGCAGUGGUCGAAAGAUUGUCUUCUACCGUUCAACGUAAACAAGUGUAACUCUCUACGCGUCGGCGGAACCAGUUCUCCUGACCGCACGGUCUACCGUCUGACUAGCAAACCACUGCAAGAAGUCGACGCCCAGAAGGACUUUGGUGUAUUAAUCACAACCUCGCUUAAGCCUUGUCUGCAAUGUUCAAACGUAGCCAAGUCGGCGAUGUCCAUUCUAUACCUCGUCAAACGGACGUUCUCUUCCUUUGAUGAAGACUGCUUCGCCAAGGUCUUUCAAACUUUCGUGCAACCACAUCUGGAGUUUGCUAUCCAAGCAUGGAGACCCCCGGCCGCUAAAGUCCUCGGCAUACUCGAAAAAUUUCAACGGCGAGCAACGAAACUUGUAUCUGGGCCGUGGUCACUACCCUACGAAACACGAUUAGCUCAUCUUGACCUCUUUCCUUUGAGUUACAGACAGCUACCUGGGAACCUCAUACAAGCUUUCCGCAUCGUGCGCAAUCAGGGCUGCUGCCUCACAUCUGGAGACUUCUUCGAGUUGACGACUACGACUAACCUGAGAGGCCAUCCACUCAAACUGCGUGCGACUGGUGGCCGGCUAGACACACGAAAGUUCUUCUCCAACAGAGUGCAACAGGUGCAGCUUGGAAUGCCUUGCCUGAGGUUUUUGUUAUGUCAGGACCCGUAGAUACUUUUAAACGGAAGCUAGAUCAACAAUGGAGCGCGCACCACAGUAACGCCGUACUGCGGCCAACUUGAUAGCCAAUAUUGACAAUUUAGUGUUAUGACGAUGCUACUACCAACAUUCAAGUAACAUAUCUUUAUGUAAUUUAUUAAUUUUAGACCACGUUGCGCAUCGCUGCUCGCAUUCACCACGAUGUCUGCAGACUAAAAAAUGUAAAUUCUUUUCCUGUACCUUAAGUGGGCUUCAACUGUCUGCUGCACUUAAUCAACAAACCGAGUUCAUGUGUCUCCAAAUUCUGUUAAUGCAUGUCACUCUGUGUUCUGUACAGUUUUUGUUAUUCCCUUUUAUUUCAUUCAUGUUACUUCUUUCCAUUUUCUCCAUAUACUUCCUCUGCAUGUAACCAAUAGGCAUUUCAAAGGUACACACCUACUUUCCCUGAAAUACACUGAUACUGAUACAUGCUGAGCCACCGACUUAUGUGUUGGAUAACCAAAGUUACUCAUCCCGCUUGUCAUGACGUUCCUUGUUUCUGUCUAGGCUGCCCUUGGUAGAACUGCGUCAUCCGUGUGGUUUUUGCAGUAUUCGGCUCUUGGCUCAUUGCCCCAGCCCAUAUAUUCGUCUGCGUACGAUAAUUUCACGUUUACAGACGUGACUCGGCCCCCCUCCCCGUCGGCGGAUACAGUUGUGGUUGCUGAACCUUUGCGGACUGUCGCACUAACAGCGGAUCCAGGUGAUCCCGGACUGUAGGUCGGACCGCCAGAGCGGAUUUCUCGGCGUACGUAGUGCGUGGGGUUAGAAUCUUCGGUCUGUUUGCGUCUGGGAGAGCGGUACCUCCUGGAUGCUGGGGCCUGCUAACUGGGUGGCGCGUUCACAGUUAGCGGGUAGUUUAAGGGCCUUCAGCGAAGGCUUCCUAUGGUACAGGCAGGACUCGUCGUCUGACGAAUGAUCACUCACCGGCCAUGCAGUCGCAAUACAUUCGAGCUACAACAAGGCCGUAAGCCAAUGCGACUCAAGAAUGAGUUUGAUAUUCCUUCCUCAGUGGGUUUCGUCUGCUACCAUUGUGUUACGGACGAGCGGGCUGGCGGGGAAGGCUGGGUACCUAAUUUGUGCCACGUCCACGUGAAUCGUCACAUGAAUUACCGGUCUUAGAAAACUCGAGUGCUAUGCACGAGAGAACCCUUGCCUAGACACCUUAAACUGAACUGGAUGCUUUGUAUGCGAAUCGGUUAACCCACUCGCCCUCCCAAGAACCGGGACUCAGUGUUUGACGGUGCGUGCCAUCUGCCUGCGGAUUGGUGUCACUGGCUAGCUCGGAGGUACGCAACCCGAGGCCGGUCUAGGAGCAUUCUAAGACGCGGGAUCGGACGUCGACCAUCGCCUCUGCCAUAGUGACGCGACAUAUGGGUUCACCAGAUGGCAUCGCAUCCAUGCUACACCAGAAGACGAAAAAAACUGCUCAUGAAGUGAAAAUAUGUUGCCUCCUUCAUCGCCCGCAUAAGCCUCUUUCUCCACUCCCAACUUAGGGGGGGGGGGAAAGGAAGAGUUCUAAGACUGCCCUCAUGGAGUUCAGUCCCUCAGCGACGUCAGACUUGUUGUAUCGGCAAAGAUGCUCUAACUACUCUCCGCGUCUCAAGAGAAAUUUCCAUUUGUGAUCCGUGUGAUAAGAGGAGCCGUUUUCUGCCUCUUGUCGAGUGCGACGCUCGUUUAAGAAACUCGGUUUCCGUUUUAGAUCUCAUCCAGUAAAGCAAACCCUCGAAGACAUCCAUUAAGUCGUUCUUUGAACAGCGGCUACGCCGUCCGGCUUAAACUGGUUUACCAGGCGCUCGUCGGGACUCGUACUGCGCGAAAGAUUUGGCUCUUGGGAGUGACACAAAGCUUCGCCUUUGUAAACAACCAGCUGCGUCAUAGUAAUGCCUGUUAUCUCAACGUAUACGAUCCUCUAACUACAUUCGUUUCACUCUUUUGUCUUUCCCAAUCAUGUCAUGUAAAAUUUCCUAGACUCCAUCUAUUCAAAUCUUACGAACUGUCUGAUAUUGUCCAUAUGUUUACUCUAGAUUACGUCUAUUCCACGUAGGGAUCAAUAAACCAUUACAGACCGUAUGUCCGUCUAAGGGGCUCUCUGCUUUCGAUCUGGGAUUUGUUGCUUUUAAAGGAAUUGAUUGCCAAUCGAAAGUCGACAUGGUGAAAUUGAAAUCGACGGGGUAAUCGACCAGUUAAUUCACUUAGCAUACAGGUUUCCCCUUUAUCUUUUUACUCUCAAUUAUGGAAUCUUUUCUUCUUUUACCUGAUCUUGAUACCACUUGUCUUUAAAUUAAAACCGAAUGCACGGUUGCAGCCCUUUAAUUUCCCCACAAAUUAGUUGCUGACUUGGAGUGAACCAGUCUAUUUGAGACUUAUUAACUCAGACUGCACGAUACACCAUACUUGACUGCGCAGGUAAUUGCUAUGCGCCCGGGCACGUGUUUGCCAUCUGAGAGGGGUUUGGCUCAUGAUUGGGUUACUCAGCGUUCGCCGUUUGCUUUCUGGCAGAUAGUUCCGUUUUGAAAUUGCUUCUUUUUAAUUUCCUCAAAAGCUGAUAGUCCACGUUGACCAAAUUAUGCACAUCCGGAUGGUUCCAUCGAAUUUUAUCGACAUUUUAUUGCUACUAAAGCAUUGCAAGUACACGUACUUGUGAUGUUGGUGCUUUCAGACGACUGACCGGCUCGAACAGUGGACUGAUGCCUAGAGAGGGAUAAAUGAGGUCCACUCUGAGAACUUCAUUUCCACGGUACUCAGCGCAUAUCUCUCAUUAUCAAAAAAUCUAACGCGCUUCGAGACUGUCACGAUGACCUGAAAGGCUGCCAACUGACGGGUUAGUUUGGUCCUCCUCUCAGGACGGAGGGUUAAAGUGCGAUGGCUCCUUCUCAAUGUGGCAUCUAUGAUACUCCCACUCAGAUGGAAUCCGAGUCGCGUCCCUUGUUCCCUCAGAAACCCCGACCCACUGUGCACAGAUCGGGCACGUGUGGCACGCAUAGAUGGAUUGUGUUUGGCUUAGUCAGCAACCGCGCCCAAUCCGGCCCCUGGUUUUCUUUGCUCUGUCUUGACAUCGAGCUCAUGUAAGUGGGGGAGGAGAAGGGUGGAGUACGGUAGAUUUAGAGCCAGCCCCUAUAAACUAAAUCAUGCUCAAAUCACUGUCCAUGUGCCCACGAUGCUGUAAGGCACACAGGAACAUCACAGUUCGCGUAGGUCCAAAUGUCGGUUGAGUGUUCAAGAGGCCUACACACAUAAGUGGGCAGAAAAUGGCAUUACCUACAAAGACAGAGGAGGACUGGAAUAGUCGUUUCUGGCCUGUUGCUCGCCACCAGUAGGCUUUGCUCGGUCCCAGGCUUUCGCAACUACCGAGACUCUGACCCGCGACCUGUUGAUUAGAAUUUCAACGCCCUGGCCAGUGCGGCCAUGUGGAUUUUUUGCGCUGAGUAACCGAACGGAUUUUUAGAUGUUGAUAAUUAAUAUACCCACUUUUCAGAUCCUUUCUAACAAGGGAGACGCGUGUUUGAGCCCUCAGUUAGAGAGUUUAUGCCCGUCGGGAGAGGGCGUGCUCGUUGAGAGAUAUUUGUUUGACAUUUAUCGCUUUAUGAACGAGUUUCGACUUUCCGUCAUCAGAGACUGGUAGACCCGAUGCAUCCCCCGUUCUGUAAGGUCUCUUGCCAGGGUGCAUAGCCUUGCUCGCCUAGCCGACCGCUAGUGCCUAUGAUAGGUUGACCAUCACCGCUCGUGUCCAUUACCCCCACGUGGUGCCUAACCUUCUGAGGUCCUGUAAAAUGGGCGCGCUACACUGUUUUGGAAGUCUAGUCCGAAGAACGUCUGCAUGAAUAUCGAACUAGUCUCCCAUGGAGUUCGUUCAGGCAUUGCCAAACACCUUACGAACCACUUUGAAUUAUGAUUUGCGAAUACAAGACUUUAAUUACUAUUUGCCACUAAUGAAUAUGAAAGUCAGCUAGAAUAUUUUUGCCGCAGUAAAUUAUGAUCUCUACUUUGCACGAAAAAAGUACAACUUACGAACUUUCUGACAUCUCGGACAGAGACUCAAAAGGGGGUAGGCUGUUUACGCCAGAGGCAGAUCACUACGAUGUCUGUCUUCCGACAGCCAUUCCCCUUGACCCACGACUUCGUCUGCGUCGAAGUUGUGAUCAUACCAACUUAUGCCUUCGGGUUCGAUAUGUUCUUAAGGAAAUGGUGGUCGAUAUUUGUAGCCGUUAUUUCUCAAGGGACAGUUAACAGACGAACUUUGUAGGGCACGACCAUAAGUACCCUCUGUAUUGCAGGUGGUAUUGCGUCAAAUUAGAGGGGUCCAGGGUUACUGUUAGGACUAGGAGAAUCAGAAUCGGGGUAAGGAGGGUAAGUGUUAUAGUCAAAUUUGGGGUUGGGGUUAGGGCCAAAGUUGGGGAGUGGGAAUGGGGCAGGAAUAGGUGCCCCUCCUGGAAUGCAGCGCAAAGCCACCUGUAGCACGAUGGCCCUUAUUACCAUGUGUGGUUGGCGACGCGUUUGACCACACAAGUUCAGUCCUGAAAUACCAAAGUCCAGCGAAGAACUAUGACACAUUCUGAGCUGAAAACAGAUGUGACGCCGUGAGUUUAUCCGAAACAGUUUUUCAAAGCAUCAGAAUGGCAGAAUUCGUCUCUGACAGUUAGAAAGGUCAUACGGUACUUCCAGCCAGAAGCGGCCUCAUAUUACAAAUGCUACUCUUUGGCCCAGUCCGGAUCCAUCUACGUUCCACUGCCAGUUCACCCGCUUUAGCAUUUCUGCCCACCAGGCAAACACAUGUUUAGCACACAGAUGGAUGCCUUAACUAAAGGGCUGCUCUACCUGUAAAAACGCCAUUUGCCCUAACACUUUUCUCACCUUAGCCGGUUAUUUGUUACUUCCUGUCGUCAGCAUUUUCAGGAAUGCAAUGAUUUAGAAUUUAUGGCUGCCCUCUAAUUAUGACAUGCACACUUGUUUGACUUGAAAUCGAGUGGGCCGAUAGACACUUCUAAAUAUCUUUCACAUAAAAUGUCAACUGCAUUCCUAAUGGUGUUUCGCUCAUUAUUCAAUACCUGGCAGUCAAGCAACUGAAUUACUUAGCUGGUAAAAUGCGAAUUCCCUGGUUGGGCGAGGGUGCAUAAACAAAGUCGUGCAGUUUUUGAUAGUGCCACAACAGUUUUCACCAGCGUUCUUCGCAGUUUUAUUUGCAUGCGUGCACUUCUCAAGCAUGCAGUUUGCAUUUUUAGAUUCUAGAGCAGCCUGGUACUGGUACUCUGUCUUUUUCACCUCAUGAAUUACUGAUCGGUACAAGGACAGGUCCGCCAGCUGUUUAUUUCAGAGGCAAAAACAGUGUAUAUUUUGUUUCCGAUCAACUGAAGUGCACUUUGCACACAUGUCGAAAGUUUCGCGCGUGUCCUCAUUACACAGAAAGGCGUUUCCCAGUAAAGUCAUUGCCUGUUCUGUCGAUUUUUCAGUGGACAAUAAUUAUUAGUUGAUUCAUAUUGACGCAGCUGUGAAAAACUCGGCGCCUCGAUGGGAUCCGAAGCCACGACAGCUAGGGUAAGGCAUGAAUACAGUCAGCGCUCUAGACACCUGAGCUGUGAGGUCCCACGUCGCAGUAGGUCUGGCGGGUAACUUUACCCAAAUGUGAUUAAACUCGCGUCUCCCGGUGGGGCCUCAUAGCUUAGGUGGCUAGGGCGUUGGCUGUACUAAAGCUUUCCUCUUACUGCGUGGGUUCGAAUACCGCUGAUUCGCUGAGUUUUUAACAGUUGGGUCAAUAUGAAUUAUGUAAAAUCUACAAAAACAUCUAUGUAUUAGAUAAUUGCUUGUCUCAAGAUUUUUGAAUACUAAAAAGGGAAAUUCUAACCCUAUCAUUACAUUCAGGAAAAUCCUGACCGACUUUCAAACGUCCAGGAAAUUCCUUCAAAAGGUCAUUUUUGAAGAAAGUUGAAAGUUCUCAUGAGAGACUGAUGAAGAUUCUUAACGUUUUUCCACUCAAAAAAUAACAUCUGAGCAAAAUUUCAUUCUACGCCUUUAGCAAGAUUUUUUAGUCUAUUUACGGUACGCUUAUCGACUUCAAAAUAUUAAACACAAGGUUCUUUAUAGAAAGAACUCUUAAAAUAAUAACUUUUUCGGUCCAGAAUGUAUUUGAAACGCAAAUAAACAGCUAAACAUCCUCUAGAUGCCCCAUAUCUUCAAAUGACGCAUGGGUAUGGAGUACAUUUGAUGAGACAUGUAUGUACUGGGCAUAAACUCGCAUGGGAAAACACUCGCGUUGUUGGCACCUGCCAAUCAAGGAAAGACCGCGAAUUCCUGGAGGCAAUGCACUCAGAUGAGGCACACAUCAACCGGCAUAUCGAUUUAGAUGCCACAUACAAAAUCUUUAAGGACAGAUUCAAACUGAGUCAACCAAUCCCGAGAUGACGAAUUUAACCAAUCAUGGAAUCCUUUUGCCAGACUCAGUCUGAAAGUUAGUUAUUUUUGCACACCCGUUGUCUGAAGACGAGCUGGGGAACCAGUCUCGAAAAUCCACAAUAAAAUUUUGCUGUUUCCCAAAGAACUUCACCUUUCUAAUUAUAUUUCUUGGGAUGCCUGUUUUUCAAUUUAUACAGUUAUUGCUCUAUGCCCUUUUUCUGAAGCAUGAGUGCAUAUACAGAGGCAUCGAAAAUAAGUGGGCAUAGCGACCCCCAUCUAAGUCUCAUGAUUUUCAAGACUGAUACAUUAUUAUUAGUCAGCAAACAAGUCACCAUCCUGCGCCUACCCAGUUGGUGAGCACACACUGCACACUCACCAUGCCCAGCGCAAUCAACACCCCGUCGUCCACCGCUCCUACCACCAACGGUUGUACCACCACCGAACCCGACCUGUCCUGCCUAACACUACCCCGGUGGGGUGGAUCUUCGAAUCGGCAUCGCUGACACGCGCCAAUCUGGUGCACCGUAGGAGACCGCAGGCUUACGGCAAUGUCGUAAGCCAUUGGCAAAUUCGAGUCGUUCUCCCACUGCCAAACAAAUUCGUGGCCCACAGUGGAGUUCGGCCGCGCAGGAACAUCAAGCAGCCCUAUUCAGGGACAGGGCACUGUUUCUAUUCGGAGGCGGCCUGGAAAAGCUGGCCUAAAAAUUGCUGCGGAACCACCUCGUCUGCAGGCGCACCGUGGUCGCAGACACAAAAUUCACGGUCGAAACAAUCAAAAUCGAAACAACAACAACAACAACAACGACAACAACAACAACAACAAAAACAACAACAACCAUAGUCAUUCUCCUCAUCCUACCUCUUCUUCCACUCCCUCUAACUAUUCUUCUCCUUCGUCACCUUCUUCUCCACCUCCUUCCCGUCGCCCAACUGGCAGGGUGAGCUCGCUCACUCUGGCAGCCUGGAAUGUUCGUUCCCUUUUAGACAACCCGAGGAGCAAUCGACCGGAACGGAGGACGGCGCUAGUGGCACGAGAGCUGGCGCGCUACAAGGUGGACAUCGCCGCACUCAGCGAGACCCGAUUCUCCGAACAAGGCCAACUGCAGGAGAUGUGUGCCGGCUACACCUUCUUCCGGAGUGGUCGACCCAAGGCAGAGCGACGAGACGCGGGUGUCGCCUUCGCCAUCCGGAACGACAUCGUGGGACGACUGCCCAGCCUGCCGCAGGGCAUCAACGAUCGCCUGAUGAGCCUCCGUCUGCCUCUCCGGCGGGGGGAGGGGACAGAUUCGCCACCAUAA